AAACAGAGCUGGACAUUCAUGAUCUGGAAAGGGGAACUGACCAACAUUUAAGACAAACCAUGUGAGGGACGUGUUUACUUCAGAGGCCAAUGGCAGUGGCACUGAGAUAAAAGAGAUGACUGGGAAACACUUUCCACUCUCUGAUCUACUCCUGAUUUCCUUUAUGCACAGGAGCCAUGGAAAGGAUCAUCUCAUGGAAAAGUGAACUGGCAGUAGUUGAGAGAUUUUUGAGAUAAUUGGAUGAGCCUGUUUAAACAUUUUCUACUGUACAGUAGCACUGUCUCAGUGACCCAGUGCCUUAGAAGGAGGUGACCAUGAUCUCAACAGCUGUCCGCUGGCUCUUCCUGGUGUCUUUUAUCAUUCUGACCAUUGGUGGGAACGUGCUGGUAUGUUUGGCUGUAGGGCUCAGCCGUCGACUUUGGCGCAUUGCUAACUGCUUCGUGGUGUUGUUGGCAGUGACAGAUCUCCUGCUAGGUCUGCUGGUUCUGCCCUUGUCUGCCACUGUGGAGCUGCGCAGAGGGAAAUGGCCCCUCGGAGGAGCCCUGUGUAACAUCUACAUCUCACUGGAUGUCCUACUGUGUACAUCCUCCAUCCUGACCCUGUUGGCCAUCAGCGUGGACCGGUAUCUAGCCAUUUCAGCUCCCCUUAGCUACUCCCGGAGAGUUACCCGUCUAAGGGUCACACUGGCCAUGAUCGCCAUCUGGGUCUUGUCACUGGCUGUGUCCUUUGUGCCCAUCCACCUGGGCUGGAACACAGCAGACUACAGAGUGCAACACUUGGACUGGGGCAUGGGGGAUGAGGACAAGGAGGGACGCUACUGCCAGUUUGAAUGGAAUAACAACUAUGUUCUUAUUUAUGCCUUUAGCUCAUUUUACCUGCCUCUGCUGCUUAUGUGUGGAAUGUAUCUUUGCAUAUUCAGAGUGGCACGAGAACAGGUUCGCCGUAUCCGUGCUGCCACUCCAUCAUUUGCACGCGCAGCAUCAACUGCAGCCAUAGCCCGAGAGCACAAAGCUACAGUGACCCUGGCAGCUGUACUGGGGGCCUUUGUCAUAUGCUGGUUCCCUUACUUCACCUUCUUCACCUGCAUGGGCAUAAAGGAAAAGACAAACCCCCCUAAUACACUUCACUCUGUGGUCCUGUGGCUGGGCUAUUUUAACUCAGCUCUUAACCCCAUCCUGUACCCAGCCUUCAACAGGGAUUUCCGCAGGGCCUAUGCAGAGCUGCUUCGCUGCAGAGGACUGUCUCACAGAAAGCUGCAGCUUACUCGUGUUUCUGUGCAGAAACGAUUGACCUUUACUAAUGGACAAAGGGUUCCCCAACAGUCUGAGAAAGACACAGUUAAGAAAGAAACUGAGGGGAAGAGCCUCACCCUACAUGAGAGAAAUGGUAUCCCCGAUGAACCAAGCUGAAAUGCCAUGGAUCUGUUGUUCCAUUGCUGGAAAUGUAUUUUGUCAGCAAAAUGUUGUCAAUUACAAACUUGCUCCACAACUCACAGUACCAGAUUAGCUAACCAUUUACAGUAUCAGUUAGAUGUUUAGUGUAUAGUGCCACAGAUGAUACCGUUUAUGUACAACUCAAAGCACAACAUCAUGAACUUGUUUUGCUAGUGUACUGGAUACAAAAGUAGUCCAUGUGUUUAAUGUCUAGGUGCCAGUGUUUUCUUGAUUACAUGAAAAUGUACUUCAAUGAAAUUCAUCAUACUGAAAUGUCUAUUUAUUUGACAUGUGUCAGGGUGCCCUUUCAGUGGAGAAAACAUGAUGAAGUGCCCUCCAGGGUGCCCCUCCAUUGGACAAAAUGUCCUAACGCUGACUAAGCUGUUUCACCAGAAAUGCGUCACAACUUUCUGCACGCUGGUGCCCUUUUUAGUUUUUUUCGCCCCUGCCCCUCAAACAGCCUGAGUCUGCCACUGACAGCAAUGUAAUUCAAAAUAAAGAGUUGGCAGAGCAGAGGUAACUGGAAUGAAUGGGUGACUCAAUAAGUUUCCCAGCAAGCUGCAUGGAGACACAGGUGGUUAAAAGUUUGCAAACUGUUUAUUUUCUCUUCUCUCAACACUGUCAAUGAAAGUGAAUAAGUGACCAGCAAGUUGAUUGGAUAUGUAUAAUAUGUGUAUGUUUGACUUCACCCGAGCAGGGUGGCUUACUGAAAGUUUGAACUCCAACUGGACAAGACAUUCAGACAAAAUACAUCAAAAAUGUCUUUUAAUUAUUCAUGCAUUCCUGCAACACCAUUAAAUGCCAGAGUUAUGAUUAAUGCAUUACUGAAGUUAAUAAUUUCUAGUAAUGCUGCUCCCAACAAGUCUGACUUAUUUUCUAAGACUUCUACUGUACACAAACUGCAUCACAAUACUAUGAAAUCUACAUCCAUGAAAUCAUCAUUAUGUUGGAUUAUGGAUUAUUGUCAUGUGUAGACAUCAACAUUUGAAAUAAUUUGACACUACAACCCAUUGACAGUCAGUGCUUAGUGGUGUAAGAACAGAAUGAGAAUACAGGAUGAGGGAGAGUACACUGUAAGAUGUGGUACCAAGAAAUAUUUGAUUGCUUUUACUUGAAUAGUAAAAUUAUAUAUUUUUUUGUAUUUAACAUAUUUAUUGUAGUAUUUUUGUCCCUUACAUUUAUUUUUUAUUAAGUACUAUCUAAACCCAUCUAAUCAAAUACACGUUUGCGUAGGUUAUCAAUGUAUUGUAGAUACUACUGAAAAAGUAAGUCUGAUUUAUUUGGUCAGUGGUAACAUGCCAUUUUUAAA